UCGCCGGUGUUCUCACUGAGGUAGUCUUCCCUCGGUGUGUGGCUGUAGAUGUGGUCGGAGACCGGAUUAUCCAAACAGAAGGCUGCACGCGCGCGCUCCCAACGCGUCACAUCUCACCAGAGUGCAUGAGAGAACCAGAGCAGAGCGCUGAGAAGAGACCAACACUUACCGUUCCUGAGUCCCCCGGCCGACAGUUCUGAAAUCAUGCCGAAGCACGUGGAGGUAAGGAUGCAUGAAAGCCACCUGGAGCCCAUCGAGGCGAGGCCAAGCUCCAAAUUGAGAACAAUAUGUCAGAAGAUGUGCAAGAACCUGCUGCUCACGCUGACUGUGAUGGGUGUGAUUUUGGGAGCUGUUUCUGGUAUGCUGCUGCGUGUUGCUUCCCCGAUCGAUGACAAUAUUGUGAUGGUAAUUGCCUUCCCUGGAGAUAUUCUAAUGAGGAUGCUAAAAAUGCUCAUCCUUCCCUUAAUCAUCUCCAGCUUAAUCACAGGUCUAGCUGGUCUGGAUGCAAAGUCAAGUGGUCGUCUGGGUACCAGAGCCAUGAUUUAUUACAUGACCACUACUAUCAUUGCUGCUGUGCUGGGGGUCAUCCUGGUGCUCCUCAUCCACCCCGGAAACCCAAAACUCAAGGAGAACCUAGGAGAAGGAGCCAAGAAUGAUGAUGUUUCCAGUCUUGAUGCCUUUUUUGACCUUAUCAGAAACCUCUUCCCUGAGAACUUGGUUCAGGCUUGCUUCCAGCAGAUCCAGACCGUGGUGAAGAAGGUAGAAGUUCAACCUGAUUUCGAUGACACCAACAGCACUGACUAUCUGUCCAAUGCCACCAAACCACCCCCUAUUUUCAAAGACAAGAAAUCUCUUCAGUACAAGAGCGGAAUGAACGUGCUGGGUAUAAUUGGAUUCUUCAUUGCUUUUGGUAUUUGCAUGGGCAAGAUGGGAGAGAAAGCUAGGCUCAUGAUUGACUUCUUCAACAUACUCAAUGAGAUUGUGAUGAAGCUGGUUAUCAUGAUCAUGUGGUACUCUCCCUUUGGCAUUGCCUGCUUGAUCUGUGGAAAGAUCAUCUCUAUUAAAGAUCUGGAGGUGGUGGGCAGGCAGCUGGGGAUGUACAUGGUGACAGUUAUUAUUGGUCUGAUCAUCCAUGGUGCCAUAUUCCUGCCAUGCAUCUACUUUGCAAUUGUACGGAAAAAUCCCUUCUCGUUCUUCAUGGGCAUCUUCCAGGCCUGGAUCACAGCUCUGGGCACAGCCUCUAGUGCUGGCACUCUGCCCGUAACGUUCCGGUGUCUUGAGGAAAACCUUGGUAUUGACAAGAGAGUUACACGUUUUGUGCUUCCUGUUGGAGCAACCAUUAACAUGGAUGGAACAGCCCUCUAUGAGGCUGUGGCUGCCAUUUUUAUUGCCCAGAUGAAUGGAAUUGUUUUAGAUCCUGGUCAAAUCGUCACUGUCAGUCUCACAGCAACCCUUGCCAGUGUUGGGGCAGCGAGUAUCCCCAGUGCUGGACUGGUCACCAUGUUGCUCAUUCUGACGGCUGUUGGACUUCCUACCCAAGACAUCAGUCUGCUGGUGGCUGUUGACUGGCUUCUGGAUCGUUUCCGUACCUCAGUGAAUGUAGUUGGAGACUCAUAUGGGGCUGGCAUCGUCUACCAUCUGUCCAAGGCAGAGCUGGAUGCUCUGGACGCCCAACAUGCAAAGUCUGAUGACAUAGAGAUGAUGACCAAGACCCAGACCUACUAUGAUGACCUCAAAAACCAUCAUGAAAACAACUCCAACCAGUGCGUGUAUGCUGCUCAAAAUUCAGUCUUAUUAGAUGAUUGCCAGGUAACCUUGGCGGCCACAAACGGCUCAACUGCGGAGUACACACUCGAUGAAGAAGACCCUUGGAAAAAUGAUUAAUGCAAGCACCCCAAAAGAGAGAAAGACAACCUGUAUUCAUGCACAUAGAACAAAUGGGUUUUGUAGUUUAUUUGUAUGGUUUCUAUUCUUUUCUAACAUGUUUAACAAUAUUAUAUUGUCUCAUGUAACACAAGAUUGUGAGCCAAAAGCUCACACAUGCAGCUGACAUAAUGUUGUUGAGGCAGUUACAUCAAUUAUUUGUGAUGCUUAUAUGUAUAUAUAUAUAUAUAUAUAUAUAUAUAUAUAUAUAUAUAUAUAUAUAUAUAUAUAUAUAUAUAUAUAUACAUGCAUAAACUUCCAUAUGUAUGUAUUUUUAAAAAGGGGUAAAAUGUGAAUUGAGAGCAGACAGAUAACAAAGCUUCUUGCAGAGCCAUCAUCCACUGCUGUUAAUAUUAUUCCUGGCGUUCCUUUGGCCUCACACUGAACUAGCACAACAGCGUAGCACCUCUCGGUCCUCCUCUCGCACACAGAUGGAGAUGCGUUUAUUUCCAGAGUUUCCUCCCCUUGAGCUGCUUUUAUCACAUCGCUCACAGGAGCAGGGGUUCUGUCCAGGAAACAGAUGCUAGGGUGUUUCUCGUAUGUAUGUCCGUGAAUCAGUGGCUCAAGAGCACAAAACCCAUUCAGGCCAUUAUACUUCCAUUUCAGGUCUUACAAGAGCCCUUUUUUGUCAUCCAGAUGUACUGAAAUAUGCAAUGCAUGUCCUACUUUUAGUUCACGAGAAAGCACAAACUGUCUUUUUAUUUUGUACAACCCAAACAUACAGCAAACAUUCAACUGAUGGCUUCAGUGUUAAAAAUGAUCAACCUUUGAGAUAACAGAAGUGCAUCUUUUCAGAUAGCAUGGCUGUUUUUAUAUGAUGUGUGGUGUGUGCUAAACCUGGACUGCCAUUAUUAACCACUCCAUUUUGAUUAUUAAUAUGUCCAGUAUGAGCGUACAACCCGUCUAAAGUAGAUCAAUUCCUUUCUAAACAUACGCUAUAUAUUCAGUUUGUAUCCUACGGUUGCUCUGAAGUUUUUCCUUCCACUGGUGAGAUAUAGAGGUUUACUCAGGCAUAUAAAAUAUAUACUCAUUUAUGUCAGGGAAAACAAAAACAUUGCUAAUGCUAAGACCCAGAUGGUCUGUUGGAGAGAACUGUUUACCUGCUCUUAUAAUCCAUGUAGAUUUAAAAACCUAAUGGCUUCAUUUCUUCACUGAUGAUGUCUUUUUUUCUGAAGUACUCACCUCAGAGAGACAUCACCAAGGCUAGUGUAACUAUUUUUAAUAUGUUUUUGAGCUUUGGAAAAUCACAUCUAAACUAACUACGAAGCCACAUUAUAUUACAGUAGAUGAGUUAAAUCAUCAAAAAGAGGAAGAUUUUGUAACUGAGCUGAGCCAAAACGCUACCUCUGGAUGUAUUAUCCUCUUAUUCAUCUCUGACAGCAUCUAUCCCUCAUAUUGCAACUUUCCAUCACUUCCUGUGAGACUGACCAAUCACAUACCUCACUAUGCCAAUCAGAGAUUCAGACAAAAAACACUUUCUUUCAAACGAGUGAUUAAUCCAGACCAACACACUUCCUCCCUGUGUGUGAUAUUUGAUCACAGGACUCUAAAGAUACAUAUAUAACUCGACCCCUAGUAUGUCUAAUUCAUUUAAGGCAUCUUGCUAUGAUGCUUUGCAUACUGAACUGCUUCAGUGUUUUAACCCUUGCCAAGAGAAUAAAAUUCCUCUGAUCACAGGUUCAUGCUGCCACAUUGUUAUAGUGUGUGGAAUCAUAAUUAGAUGUUGAGAGUGUUGCCCAUCAGAAGGCAGACGUUUGAGACUGCUGAGAUUGAUUGUGUUUAACGCAUGGAUAUUUAGUGCUUCUGCACCAGUUUCUUAAACAGCAUGAGUUUUAAAGUGCCUCCUCACACCUUGUGUAUAUACUGAGGUCAGGGGCGUCACUAGUGGGGAAGAGCGGGCCUGAGCACAGAGCCCUGUGAUACUGUGGGGUCCCUCAGGGUCCUCUCCCCCCACUGAGGAGACCACCGUCCACGAGUCCGGGCGAGGGACACUGACCCAAUCAAAUGUGCUGUACAGCGGGCCCAGAAAACUUAGCAAAGCCACUGAUUGUAGGUUAGUUGAGAUAGUGUUUAAUUUAUGUGACAGUUUUAAUGAAGUGUUUUGGUAAUCCUAUAGAAACCAUCCCCUCGCUGUGCUGCAUAAGGUCAGGUUCUGUAGGGAAAUAGAAAGGUAGUACUUUGCUUGAGUUUAAUCCAGACUAGCUCUCUCAGUAAUCUCAUCUGAUUUAUGCUUGGAAUGUUUUCCCCUUCAUAAAUGUAUGUGUCCCUAUAUUUCUAUGUAAUUUAACAUCAGACUCAAAAAAAAAAAGAUAUUUGUAUAUUAUAUAUAGCAUUUCAAAAUACUAUAGCUAUAUUUUUGGAGAUGUUAUACAAUAAACAUGUUUUUAAUGUGAUCAUGAGAACUUGUAAGAACAUGUCUAAUAUAUGCUUGUGUUAUAUGUACAUCAAAAAGAUGUAACAUCCUAAAGUUAUAAGAUAUGCUGAAUUUGAAUAUACUUGAUGAUAAGCACACUUUAUUUUAUAUAAGUGUGUGUUGAGCCACAUCCACAGUCUCUGUAAAACAUUUCUCAGUUUCAGUGUCUGUCUUGCACUCGACUUUCCAAUGUUUCUUUUCAGUGUUUCCGGUGUAUUUUACACACACACACACACUGACACAAAAAAAUUUACAUGCAACUGUGAUUUUUUUUAUUAUUAUUUUUUCUAGAAUAACCCAGAUUUAUUAUUCUGACUUAACUGAUUACACCUGGAACCAUCAUUAGUAGAUGGUUUGUACUUCUUACAUUGGUGUUAUAUGUAAACCCAUCUGUUCUUUUCUCUCACCCUUUUUGUGAUGCGAUCUGUUUUUUGUUUUUUCAUGUGAAGGGAUAAGAAACUAUAGUCAAAUGAAAGUGGUAAAAUAAAUGAUUUCCUGUGUCUUAGCUGUGAAAUAAAAAAUGAAUUCAUGCAUAUCGAUAUGUGUUGUACCAUUGGUGUACAUACAGUUAUUAUAACUAAUAAAUGUUGAUUCAUAACUA